AUGCUUAAUAGUGCAGGGUGUCAUAUAUAUCAUCAAAUUAUUAAUAGUGAUAUCUUGGAAUUAUUAAAUGAAAAUAAUAAUGAUAAGUUUAUUUAUUAUAUUUUUGAACGGUUACGACGAUUUACAAUUUUACCAGAAAAUAUUUUUCUUCCACUUCAAUAUGAAUUAUCUACUCUUAAAAAUUCUUAUUAUGAUUUCUAUCUUGAUAGUACGAUUUAUGAAAUGGAUAAAACUUGGAUAAAUUAUGUUCGAAUUCCAUGGUUUUGUUUUACACCAACACGUCUUAUUGUGAAACCAUUUAAAUUUAUGCGAUCAAAUCGAGUAUUUCGAUAUAUACCCAAUGUAAGUCAAUCAAUGUCUUUAGUAGAAUUUCGGGAUGAUACAGGAUCAGCAUAUUUAUCAAAAGAACUUGUCCCAUUCUUGAAACAUUAUCUUGAAAAUGGAUUUUGGUUUGGUAAUCGUCAUUAUAUUUAUUUGCAUCAUGCACAAUCACAAGUACGUCAAAAGCAAUUUUACUUUUAUUGUGAAGAUAAAGGUAAAAUGACACGUGAAACACUUGAAUCAUGGAUGGGUAACUUUGAUGAUGAAAAAUUACCAGCAAAGAAUACUGCUCGAAGAACACAACCAUUUUCGAGUACAGAAGAGACCAUUGAAAUUGAUAAAAAAUUAGUUGAUAUUAUUCCUGACUUAAAGACAUCUGAUGGAAAAUAUAAUUUUACCGAUGGCGUUGGACAAAUUUCAUCCGACUUAAAUGACAUGAUCCAUAAAUCAAUCGGUAUUAAUGUUGAGAAGGGAGAAUAUGUUUCAAGUGUCCUUCAAAUUCGUUAUGGAGGUUGUAAGGGCACUAUUGCUAUAAAUCCACAACUGAAUGGAAAAAAGAAACAAUUGUUAAUUCGACCAAGUAUGAAUAAAUUCAAGUGUGAACAUCAAAUACUUGAACUAUGUAAACGUUCACUUAGACUAACAAGAGCUCAUAUUCAUGUACCGAAAGCACGUUAUAUGUUUGGCAUCGUUGACGAAUAUAAAGUACUCAAAGAAGGACAAAUUUUUAUUCAAAUUACUGAUGAAGAUGGAAAUAAAACUAUUUUGGAAGGACCCGUUGCUAUUACAAAAAAUCCAUGUCAUCAUCCAGGAGAUUUACGUGUUUUUGAAGGUGUUAAUGAAAAGUCUCUCCAUCAUUUAUAUGAUGUUUUAGUAUUUCCUCAACAAGGUUCACGACCACAUGCCAGUGAAAUAUCUGGAUCAGAUCUAGAUGGUGAUGAGUAUACUGUUAUUUGGGAUCCAAAACUCGUACCUACUUCACCUAAUCCAACUCCAUACGAGUAUGAUUCUGGACCAAGUCCAAAACCUCUUAAUCGUGUUGUAACGCGCCAUGAUCGUUUAAAAGUUAUAUUGGAUAUUUGUGAACAAGAUAAUUUAGGUCGUUUGAGUAAUAUUCAUCUUGUUCUUGUCGAUCAGCUCGGUAUUGACAGUCAAGAAGCUAUUUCAUUAGCUGCUGGAUUAAGUCAAGAAUUAGAUAGUGUAAAAUCAGGUCAACAUCCUUAUGUAUCAGAUCAAAUUAAGGACAUUGUUAACACAGCUGGUACAACUCGACCUGAUUUUAUGCAAAUAUCUGAUUAUGAAGUGUAUCAAUCUCAGAAAAUACUUGGAAAAUUAUUUCGAAGUGCUCAUCAUUUAAAUAAUAGAUUUAAAAAUACAUUUUCUAAUGAUAAUAAUGAAAUUAGCCUUGAUAGAAAUCUUCUUCACAAAGGUUAUGAAGAAUAUAUUGAUGUUGCACAAAGUCUUUACAAACGAUAUCAACUUGAGAUGUUAGAAGUUAUUGGAUCUUAUGGAUUUUCUAAUGAAAUUGAUCUCUUUUGUUGCAUUGAAUCAUGUAAUAUGAAAGCCAAUGAAAGAAGUGAUAUCCAACAAACAGCACAACAAUUAUUAAAAGCAAUUUUUCAAAAUAUUCGAAAGAGUUUUAAUAAUGAUCUUAUAUCAUAUCAUAAAGUAAAAGCUAAAGCAGCUGCUUGUUAUUACGUAGCAUAUACUGAUAAAAGUGGUAAAGAUAAACGUAUGUUGAGUUUUCCUUUGUUAUUUGCUGCUCCACUUCUUGUCAAUUAUUCUGCUGCUUCUGAAGAUAAAGAAACUAAUGAUUUUAUGAAAUCUAUGUUCGAUUCAAAUUCAAAGUUGUAUCAUUACCUUAAAAAACAAUUACCUUCUUUAAUGAAUCUACUUCCGAACGGCAAACCAUUUACUUGUAUAAAACUUUUGGAAAUAUGUUUUGAAAGUGCAUGUGCUAGUAAUGAUGAACAAAUGAUUAAUUGUGCCCAAACACUUAUUGAAAUAUUGAUUGCAAUAAGUCAUUCUGACUGA